GCUAGCUGUAGCCCGCUAGCUUGUUGUUAGCUGCGGGCAGAUCUGGUACAGACGGGUUCUGCUCUGCAGCCUGCUCCUCCUGUUUGGAAGUCAUUGUUGUUUUGCAUGUAUUGACCAUGCAAAUUUUAAGUAAUCCGCUGCGAAUAUUUAUUGCUUUAAAUUAUGCUUUCCACGAAUUAUUAAUAUAAGUCUGUAACUUUGGUGAUUAAGAUGAAGGUCAACUGAAUGAAUUUUAUUCCAGUUGAGUUAAUCUGCUGUAUCAUAAUCGGUCUGUUUACUUAAGUGCAGUUGCUUGGUGUAGUAUCGGUUCAUUGCUAAAGAGUCUAGCGCUUGUGUAAGUAAAUAAACAUGGAUAAGAAAUCAUUUGACAUUGUAUUGGAUGAGAUAAGAAAGUGCGUCUUGACCGAUCAGCGGGUCAGAGCCAUUGAGCAGGUGCAUGGCUAUUUCUCCAGUAAGCAGGUGAUGGAAAUAUUAAAGUAUUUCUCAUGGGCAGAACCUCAGAUCAAAGCUGUUAAAGCUCUGCAGCAUAAAAUGGUUGCAAUCCCCACAACAGAAGUUGCAAAUAUACUGAAUUGCUUCACCUUCUCAAAAGACAGACUGAUUGUCUUGGAACUGAUAGCUUUAAACAUUUCGGAUGCUCAGAAUUAUCGGCCUGUAGAGGAUCUCUUUCGCAUACACUUGUCUGAGAAGAAGCGUGCCCGUAGGAUCCUGGAACAGGUCUGUAAGGUUGGCUGCAAGGCUCCCGUAGCAAUGAUCUCCUCCUGUGGAAUAAUACCAGGAAAUCCAUAUCCUAAAGGAAAACCCAGCUUGGUCACUGGGACAUUUCCUGGAAACCCUCCGGUAAAAAAGGAAGGGGAGAAGAAAGAGGACACCUCUAACAAUAUGGAGGGGAAAGGAAUUGCUUCCCGAAUCAUAGGACCAUUCAAACCUUUUCCGUCAACCUACAAUCCUCAUCGACCUGUUCCUUACCCUAUACCACCGUGCCGACCCCACGCCACCAUCGCACCAAGUGCGUACAACAACGCAGGCCUUGUUUCUGUGGGAGGGGUUAUAACAACCAGCGUGCCCCCACCCCCCUACAACUCUACCCACAAAGUAGCAGGUUACAGUAAGCCAGGCAAUCCACAGAACACCACACCUGGAAUCAACAGUGGGCCCCUCCUCAUUCCUCAUGGGUCCACACCAUCUACACCGGUCCCAAACCAGGCUUCUCCUGCUCAGCCUGCUCCAACAACCCCCAUCACGCCAGUUUUCCCAGGCAUGGUGCCCUCUCAUAACCUCAAUGCCCCCUCUCCCUCUCCUGCUCCAUCCCCAUCUGUGAUCAAAGCAGGACCACAGACCCCCACUGGUCAUGCUACACCUACACCCUCUUCUGUUAUUAAAGCCCACACCCCAUCAGGCACCCCUUGUGGAACUCCUGUCCCCGGCAGUGGGGGCUUCUCCUCUUCCCCCUUCCAUGUAAUUUCCCGACCGGGCACCCCUGCUACCUCCCGCAGUGCCCCAGAUUCCCUGUCUCAGACGAACUCCAUGAGCACAACUCAGCAGAAAGUUUAUUCCCAGUCCACAGAACACCAGUCAGGACCAACCUUCCCUAACAUACACCCACAAGCAGGUAAUUCUUCUGGAUCAGUGAUCCGAAGCUACACCCCCUCUGGACCACAGUCUCUUCCCCCUGGACGUUCCACUCCAGGGAUUCCGAGCUGUUCCACCCCAGGCCCCAGUCCUAAACCCUCCCCUGUCCAUUCUGUGCAGGCUCAGGCUGUUGUGGCUGGAGCCCUGAACAGACACAAUGCGGGUAGUAACAGCGGCAGUAACAGCCCUGUACCCUCUGCUUUCAAGGGAACCUCUCGCUCUGGCACACCAAGUUCUGCACAGGCUGCUCUGGUACGUUCCUUGGGCCUCUCACACCCUUCAGGUUCUCCUCAAGUCUCUCUCCCUAGUCCUGUUACUCUCUCCGGCCUCCAAGCGCUGUCUUCGAGCCCUGCACCCUCCCAUUACCCUGGCCUUUCACCUUUUUCCUCCCUUUCCUCGUCUCUGCCUCCUUCAACUGCCCCCUCAUCCAUGCCUCCCACUACCAAGGUUUCUAACCACCCACCGACCUCAAUCUAUUCAGGCUUGGCUCCAAAUGCUGCUCCAAAUGCAGCCUCCCCUUUCGGUCUAGGCCUCACCUCUGCCCCCUCUAUAUUCCCAGGCCUUCCGCCUGGGCCUAGCCCCACUGCCUUCCCUGGACUUGGCGUGUCAGGGGGGCAUGGUGCUGGGAGCCCUGUUUUAUCUUCAUUUAUGGGACUGCCAGGGGCCACUCCAUCUACAGUGGCAUCAGUAGCACCACUGCAAGCAGCAGCAGCAGUCGGGGUUCCAUCAUCUUCACCAGUGUUACCAGGUUUUGCAUCUGCCUUCAGCUCCAACUUCCAGCCUGGGUUGAGCACUGGACUCCAGCCUCCAGGAAGUAGUGGGUUUCCUGGCUUGCUGCCCUUCCCCGGGGUGCCAGGGUUCUCUCCCUCUGCCUCCCCUGCUGCACUUGGUGGCCUCCACAACCCAACUGUACAGUCUGCCCUGCUGCAGGCUCAUCCCACUUCUGCUUUGGAGAACUUCACUUCUCAACCCAACAGCUUCACCAACUACCCUGCAGGCCCAGGAAACCCCUUCCCCCUCCAACCAGGCCUGCACCCCCAGUUGGGUUGGCAGUGAAACCUACAAUACUUGUGAAACCUUUAGUGAAAACGUAACACUGACUGCUGCCACACGUCUCAGCAGAUGGUGCAAUUUAUGUUUGUCCUUGAACCCAGAAGAGCAAAUGACAGUUUAAUUACUGUGUAUGAGUUACUGAUAGAAGUAACACUACCCUGGGAACAGGUGAAAUGGUCUUUGGGGGGAAAAGGCAUAUUUAUAAUAUUGAUAGUGAACAGUUGUAAAUAUCAGUUGUCAAAGUUGUUAGUUCUACAAGUAGACUGUGAUUGAUUCCAUUGUUAGCCUGACUUGCCUGUUUUUAAUCAAGCUUAGAACAUUUAUAAAUGAAUAAUGAAUUAUAGAGGAUUAGAAAAAUCCACGACAUCAUGAAAUGAACUGAUCUUAGUCCUGAUAUAGUAUUUCAUGGCCAAUUACAGAGGAAAGGAAAUGCUAUUGAAUUUGAUUGGCCUGCAUCAAAUAUAGUAUUGUAACAUAAUUUUUUGAUGACUUAAAGUGUCCCUGUUAUGCUCAUUUAUAAUCUAAAAAAAUUGCAGCGCAGUGGUCUUCUUAACAUGUGAGAAUGUUAAGUUUGUCUGACAGUGUCUCAGUUUUAAUGCGAGGAUUUUAGCAGUACAGUGAGGGCCUGUUUACGUUGGUAGCGAUGAGCCGUGUCACCAUUUCAUGCUCAUUCUGUUGAGGUAAAUGGGGAACAGCCUUAUUUGCAACUAAGCUGUUUUAAAAUACAGUUAAUGUGAGUACGGCAUGCAGAAGUGGGGCAGACAGAUGCAGUCGUUUUAGCCACAGAAACAGUUUGUGUGUUGUUGCCACCAGAAACAAAAGUAAUUCACUGGUUCCUCAGAUGCCGGGAGUGCACGAAGGCUCAUGCGUUUGCUUUUGUAGCUGUCAACAUUUGGGGUGCUCUUUUAUAGCUGCAUUUUAGCCUUAGAAUUGGCACAACUGCGGAACAACACGCUAAAAUGUGCAUUUGGGGGCACCUGGGUGGCUUAGCGGUGAAGCCGGCGACCACAUACACAUGCCGCGCUGCGGUGCGGUGCAGGCGGCACAGGUUCACGUCCCAGCCUAUCGCCAGUUUGCCUGCAUGUCUUCCCCUGUAUCUUUCCCCAUUUCCUGUCUCUCUCCACUGUCAAUAAAAGCCGCUGUGGCCAAAAAUGCAAAAAAAUAAAUAAAUAAAAUAAAAUGUGCAUUUGGCAGCUCUAGACAAUUGUGUUUUUGUUUUGUUUUUUUUUUUGUCUUUUUGCUUUUCAGUGAACAUAUUUGUGACUGCAAUUUCCUGUGAUUCUUUCGUUUACAAUGUUUAUUUCACAUGUGAAACUGCUGCAACUGUUACUGCAACAUUUGACAAACUGUAUGCAGAUAUUUUUAGACUUUUUAACUUUUCUGAUCAGAUUUAACAACAGAGUGCUGGCUGUGCUUUUCUCCUCAGUCGCUCUCUGUCUUACAGGGAUUAUCUCAGUGACAGUGACCUUUGUCUUAAUGAGUAAUAGAUGUUUUGUAUGUUACACAGUUUUUGCUUUAUUUUUUGCCCUCUUUUUUGCCAGUGAACUGCUGGUUACUGUAUUGAUUGUGAUGCCAUUACUGUCAACAUUUCUUUAAUAAAAAUACUGGAG